ACCAGUGCGUCAAGCGUAAUGCUGCCUUAAGACCGCUGCAUAUUAUUUAAGUUCAUAUUAUUCACGUUUUCAUGUCUAGCUAGUUUAAAGAUGCCCUUGAUAACAUGUCCAUUUGGUGUUGUAUGAAUGUAUACCAUCAGGGAUGGGUAAUGUCAGUAUACAUAUAGUAUGAUAUUACUUAUGAUAAACUAGAUUUUACUAGAGACUUUCUAUGGUUUGCAAAUGUUCCUUUCUAAUGGCACAUCUGGCUAUUUAUCAUUUCAGUCUAGAUAAGUCAGAGCUGGCAAUCAGGACUGAAGUUCGUCUAACACAUUAUUAGCUGUUUGAUAAUGUAUUCAAGCCAAAGGCAGAUAUGUAGAGGUGUGGCUAAGGUACUAAAUUAAGUAAAGGUAUAGAGCUACAUCCAAGUCUUUUUAAGGCCAUGAAGGGAUUUUUUCCCCCAUCAAAAAAACUUAUAAACAUGUCAUUUUGAGGAACAGAAAUUCGUUUUUAGGGGUUUAAUAAAUGCCAGGAGAGGGACUUUAAAACAAGUGAGGAGAGAGGAUGUUGGGGUGUAUAUUUCAGUACUUCUACACAUCCUUCCUGCGCUUCUGGUUGAAGUGGCUUCUACGGCAGCUCACUGGGAAGUGUGAGCUCCAGAGAAUAUGUGCGGGCUAUAAGCCAGGAGCAGAGAGGACUGCAAGGGCAGAGUAUUCCCUGGAGUCUUCAAAGAGAAAGGUGCUGAGGGCAUCAGUGAAUGCAGAAGAAGAUGCUGUGGAAGACUAUGUGGAGAAAAUAAUCAAGGAGAAGAAUGUGAAAGAGCAGAAAGAUCCCAUGUUUAAGAAGAAUCUGAACUUAUGUUUGCUGCAAAUAACCGGGUACAAGAAUCUUUAUCUAUGUGUGGAACAGCUGAGGAAAGAAGUAUUUGAUUCUGAAAAGGAAGAGCAUGAAAAGAUGCUUCUAAAGCUCUGGGAUCUUCUGAUGCCGUCCACAACACUGGAGUCAAGAGUCACUAAGCAGUGGGGGGACAUUGGUUUCCAAGGUGACGAUCCCAAGACGGACUUCCGUGGAAUGGGAAUGCUGGGCCUGACCAAUCUUGUGUUCUUCAGUGAGAACUACACAGAAGCAGCACGCCAAGUCCUCUCACACGCCAACCAUCCCAAUCUGGGGUACUCCUACGCUAUAGUGGGGAUCAACCUGACUGAGAUGGCCUACAGUCUGCUGAAGAGUGGUGCGCUCAAGCCUCACUUCUACAACAGUGUAGAGGGCAGUACCCAAAUGAAGCACUUUCACCAACUCUACUGUUAUCUAGCAUAUGAGUUCAACAAAUUCUGGAUCCAGGAGGAGCCGGAGAGCAUCAUGGAGUUUAACUUGUACCGAGAAAAAUUUCACGAGAAGGUCAAGAGACUCCUUCUGGACCCGGAUGUGACUCUAAUCUUGAAUCUAGACUCUACAAACUGACUUAAAACUGACCAGUGAAUCACCUCACAUACUUACCACUUCUUUGUGCCCAGGUAGAAUGGCACCUAAGAUCUAAAGAGGAAAACAAAAUAUUCCCCCCUUUUUUAGUUACACAUGGCACCACCAUUUUAUUCUUUGUUUGUUUACAGCAUCAUGGUGAUGCUCCAAGGGAAUUCCUUCCAGAAUGUUUCUAAUGAACAUUCCAGUUCUCACACUAAGUUUGAAAGGUUUGAAGUUUGUAGUCUGUAGGUUAAGCCUCUUUUUUUUGUCAAGGGGUUUCAGCUUGCACACUUGCCUAAUUUUUUAAGAUUUUUUUUCUCUCCUAGGAAAGUAAUAUUGUUGAGACUGGCUAGCCCUUAGGAUGGGGUUUAAUGCUCUUGUGAGCUGUUUGCAUGUAUUUAUUCAGUGCGGCCUCCUCGUCUGUUUGUAAAAGUACAUCAUCUCAGGAAAUCUAGUAUUUAUGUCUAGAGGAGAUCAUGUCUGUUUAAAAAUAAAAGGACCAUGUGUGUUUUAUCCUGACUCUAAAUUGUGCUGUGGGUACAGGCAAUUAAAUGUUUUUUUUUUUGCAUGUUUUAAUGCGUUCUUCCAUCGGUACUAAAAAAAAAGGCACACUUCUAUAGUCAUCCUUUGACUCUAUGAAAAUACAUAAAUAAAUAGAUGUGAUAAUGGCACCACUUUGAACAUUUCAAGUACAGUUUGUGCCUGACUGAUUUUGUGUGAGCAUAGUAAGUAAACUGUUUAAUAAUGAUGUAACACCCAUCUUUAUUUAUAUAAAAGUGUUCCUGAUUUAAAGAGUGACACUAAUUUGUAAUUUUUUACAGUCCUGCUCGGGUUGUUUAUACUGUCUGAAAUGUUUCAUGGUCAAUCAUUUCAAUUCCAGAUGAAGUGUUGAAUUUUUCUAGUGGAGAAUGUGUUUGUGGUGUUGAUUAAGGGCAAUAAAUCAAAAUAUAAGCAA